AUGAGCAUCGCUCAUCUCCGCGCCCUCGCCACCGUCCCCUUCACGCAGGCCAGGCAGGACAAGGCAAAUCUUUCCUUCCCCUGUCCUCAGGAAGAAGGAAGGAGGAGGCCGGGAGUCCCGGAAGCCCCAAAUCCCCCCCCCCACCCGCGACGGAGGGGCCAGGGGUGGCGCUUGGCCCUGCGGCUACGGGAGGGUCAGAGCCGGGCAGUGGGGCCCGGAGCGCAGACGGACGGCCCCGAAGGGCCCCCGCCGGCCGCGGGGAUGCUGCGCACCCCCUUCUCGGUGAAGGACAUCCUCAACCUGGAGCGGACGGACACGGCCGGGGCGGCCCUCGGCCCCCGCAGCCCCGGCGGGGAGGAAGAGCCGCAGACCCUACUUCAUCUUAUUCCCACGGGGCCCCAUUCCCGGUUCAAUCCCUCCUUCGGAAACACUCCUCAGGCACAGAGCCAGGCUCGGGUCUCACUUGGGGUUUCCCUUGCUGCAGGACAACGCUCGCUGGCCCCCCCUCUGCAGGCAGGGGAGCAGAGCGGUGACCCCCGCCAGCACCCCAAGCAGCGGCAGCGGAGGAAGCCCCGGGUUCUGUUCUCACAGGCGCAGGUCUCGGAGCUGGAGCGGCAAUUCAAGCACCGCAGAUACCUCUCAGCUCCCGAGAGGGAGCAUCUGGCCCGCGCGCUCAAGCUCACCUCCACCCAGGUGAAGAUCUGGUUCCAGAACCGCAGGUACAAGUGCAAAAGGCAAAGGCAGGAUAAGUCCCUGGAGCUGGCCGCCCACCCGCUGCCUGCCCGCAGGGUGGCAGUGCCCGUGGUGCUGGUCAGGGAUGGCAAACCCUGCCUUGGGGGGUCCCAGCCUUACCCGGCCCCGUACAGCCCCGGCCCUUACUGCUACAGCUCCUACUACAGUGCCUAUAGCAGCAGCCCCUAUGGUGGGAGCUAUGGGGGGGGCUACGCUGCGGUGCCCCCCAGUGCCACCCCCAGCAGCCACACUGUGAAUGGGAGCUUGGGCAUGGCUCAGCACCAGCCCCUGUGCUUGCAAGCCACAGGGCAAGCGGGAAUCAGGGCUUGGUAGGUGAGGGCUGAUUGGGAAGCACCGAGGAAAACCCCACUGCGCUCCAGAGCCCAGCCUGCCUCCGGAUGGGAGCCGGAUCCAGAGGUGUCUGACCCCGGACAGUGGGAUGAACCCAG